AAUGGGAGAUUAUGUACCUGGAUUUGAACAACGCGAAAGCGAUAAUCGAAGUUUCGGACAUUCGCGUCUUCCGACUCUUGGAGCCAUUCCAAUCAAAAAUGAGAAAGGACAAACUGUUAUGCAGAAAGUGAAAGUUUCAAGAUAUGUGGCUGGAAAGGCACCAGAAUAUGCUCGUAACUACGACAGUGACAGCAGUGAAUCAGACCGAGAGACAGAUCGAGAUGAUGAUCGAAGAAGACGUAGACGUCGUGAAAGUAGUGAUGAAGAAGAUAGAAGACGCCACAGAAGACACGAAGAUUAUGGUAGACGACGACAGGUGGAGAAGCCAGAAGUUCUUGGAAAAGUAGAGGACGAAUCAUCUGAAAAUGAACAGGAAUCUGAAGAAGACGAAGAGAAACAAGAAGAGAGAAGAGAAAGAGCCAGAAUGAGAAGAUUGGAAUUACAUGAAAAUAACAGAGAAAAAGAUGAAGAACAAGAAGACAGUGCUGAAUCAGAUGAAGAAGAUUUUGAAAGAAGACGUCAAAUGCUCAGAGAUAGAGCUAUUAAAAGAGAGGAAGAAAUAAAACGAGAAAUUAAAGAAGAACUUGAAGAAGAUGAUGUUGAAGAGGAGGAAGAAGAAGAAAGUAGUGAAGAGGAAGAUUCAGAUGAAGAUGACGAUCCAGUUCCAAGAUUGAAGCCUAUUUUCACAAGAAAGAAGGAUCGUAUCACUUUGCAAGAAGCCGAGAAGGAGAAAGAAAAAGAAAUUCUGAAAAAGAUCGAAGACGAAAAAAGAGCUGAAGAACGGAAGAGAGAAAGUGCAAAAUUAGUUGAAAAGGUUCUUCAAGAGGAAGAAGCUGCUGAGAAAAGAAAAACAGAAGAUCGUGUUGAUUUGUCAUCUGUUCUAACCGACGAUGAAACUGAAAAUAUGGCAUAUGAGGCGUGGAAGCUCAGAGAAAUGAAACGAUUGAAGAGAAACCGUGACGAACGUGAAGAAGCCGCACGCGAGAAGGCAGAACUUGACAAGAUUCACGCAAUGUCCGAGGAAGAACGACUCAAAUAUCUUCGUUUAAAUCCAAAGGUUAUCACUAACAAACAGGACAAAGGAAAAUACAAGUUCCUUCAAAAAUAUUUCCAUCGUGGAGCUUUCUUCUUGGAUGAAGAAGAUGAAGUACUCAAGAGAAACUUUGCCGAAGCUACCAACGAUGAUCAAUUUGAUAAAACUAUUCUGCCGAAAGUUAUGCAGGUCAAAAACUUUGGAAAAGCAUCUCGAACCAAGUAUACGCACUUGACAGAAGAAGAUACAACAGAUCAUCAAGGUGUUUGGGCAUCAACGAAUCAGUUGAAUUCUCAAUUCUCCACGAAAAGAGCCGGAGGAUCCAGACCAGUUUUUGAGAGACCUGCAACAAAAAAGCGAAAGAACUGAAAAAGCUUGCACAUUCCUGAAAAUCCCAAUUUUUUGUACUUCGAUUUCUAUUUAUUUGUUUUCUAAGAAUAAAAAAUGUUUCAG